UCAUUGUUACUGACUUAUGCUCACUAAUGUACGUAUUUAUUGACGGAGGAAAGCCGGUGAAUUUGUAGGUUUUAUCCAUUAAGAAAAGACGUGAAUUCGAAACGUAAUAAUGACAGCAUUCGAGGAAAUGGGUGUUUUGCCCGAAAUCGGAAAGGCGGUCGAUGAAAUGGAAUGGAUGUUACCAACAGAUGUGCAAGCCGAAGCCAUUCCUUUAAUUUUAGGUGGUGGUGAUGUAUUAAUGGCUGCUGAAACUGGCAGUGGAAAGACCGGUGCAUUUUGUUUACCGGUUUUGCAAAUUGUAUGGGAAACCUUAAAGGACUUUGAAUCUGGCAAAACUAAGAGUUCAACUGGACAUGUUCAAGCUUCUACUCAUUGGCUGCUCAGUUUAUUUGAUAGAGGUAAAGCUCUAGCAGUAACUCCAGAUGGCUUGAGAUGCCAAAGUAGAGAGCCUAAAGAGUGGCAUGGUUGUAGAGCAAAUAGAGGCAUCAGUGGCAAUGAAAAGUUUUUCUAUGAAGCUACUGUAACCGAUGAAGGAUUAUGCCGUGUUGGCUGGUCUAUGUCUCAAGCCUCACUGGAUUUAGGAACGGACAAAUUUGGCUUUGGUUUUGGUGGAACUGGUAAAAAAUCAAAUGCAAAACAAUUUGAUAGUUAUGGAGAGGCAUUUGGGAUGCACAAUGUAAUUGGAUGUUACUUGGAUUUAUCAAGGGGUGAAAUCAGCUUUUCAAAGGAUGGUGUACACUUGGGUGUGGCAUUCACUCUAAACGCGCAACAAAAGUCUCAAACAUUUUAUCCAGCUGUUGUAUUGAAAAACGCGGAAAUGUCUUUUAAUUUCGGAGCACAGCCAUUUAAACAUCCGCCUCCAAACGAUUACAAAGGUCUCGCUUCGGUUCCUAAAGAAUUGGUAAAAGAAAAUCCAAUAAAUAGCAGUCAGACUCAAAGUAAAGAAGAUGGUAAACCAAAAUGCAAUGCUCCUCAAGCUAUAAUCAUAGAACCCUCUCGAGAGCUUGCUGAACAAACCUUUAAUCAAAUCCAAAAAUUUAAAAAAGAUUUGAAAGAUCCAGUCAUUAAGGAAUUAUUAGUUAUUGGCGGUGUGAGCGUGAAAGAACAAAUUUCUGUACUAAAUUCUGGCGUGGAUAUUGUGGUUGGAACACCAGGACGUUUAGAGGAUUUAAUACAAGGCGGAUAUUUGGCAUUAACGCAUUGCAGAUUUUUCAUUUUGGAUGAAGCAGAUGGUCUAUUGAAACAAGGUUACACGGAAUUAAUUGAUCGUUUGCACAGACAAAUACCUAAAAUUACAUCAGACGGGAAACGAUUACAGAUGAUAGUAUGUUCGGCCACGUUGCAUGCGUUUGAAGUGAAAAAAAUGGCUGAACGGUUGAUGCACUUUCCAACAUGGGUAGAUUUGAAAGGGGAGGAUGCAGUACCUGAAACAGUACAUCAUGUUGUUGUGAUAGUGGAUCCACAGAAAGAUACUACUUGGACUAAUAUGAGAAAAUAUAUACAAACCGAUGGCGUACACAGCAGAGACGAUAUAAGACCUGGAAGCAACAAUCCCGAGACACUUUCGGAAGCUGUGAAGAUAUUAAAGGGUGAAUACUGUGUUCGUGCUAUCAAAGAGCACAAUAUGGACAGAGCUCUUAUUUUCUGCAGAACCAAAAUGGACUGCGAUAAUUUGGAACGGUAUUUGAAACAGACCGGUGGUAAUCAAUUCUCGUGCGUGUGUUUGCACGGUGAUCGAAAGCCCCCGGAACGUAAAUCGAACUUGGAAAAAUUCAAGAAGCAAGAAGUGAAGUUCUUAAUUUGCACCGACGUUGCAGCCAGAGGAUUGGAUAUCUCAGGAUUACCUUUCAUGAUCAAUAUAACUCUACCCGAUGAAAAAUCGAACUACGUGCAUCGCAUUGGUAGAGUCGGUAGGGCCGAAAGAAUGGGUCUGGCUAUUUCUUUGGUCAGCAAGGUGCCAGAAAAAGUAUGGUAUCACGGUGAAUGGUGUCCUAUGCGCGGGAGGAAUUGUCAGAAUACUAAUCUUACUAAUCAGGGUGGUUGCUGUGUCUGGUACAAUGAACCAAACUAUUUAGCCGAGAUCGAGGAUCAUCUGAACGUCACGAUUCAGCAAGUUGGGACAGACAUAAAAGUUCCACUAAAUGAUUUCGAUGGGAAAGUCACUUAUGGACAAAAGAAAAGGAGCAUGGGCUCCGAUUAUCAGAAUCAUGUUCAACAAAUGGCACCCUACGUAUCCCAAUUAUCUUCGUUAGAAUCGAAAACGCAACUCAUGUACUUGAAAAGACAUAUGGCUGCUGGAGCAAACUAAAAUACUACGUCGUACGAAAUACCAGACCUGCCGAAGCUUUUCGCAAAUUAACCGUUUAAUAUGUUAUUUUAGUUCCUGAUAAUCUCUCAAUAUUUAUAAACAGCGUGUACUUUCAACUAUGAAUUUGUUACAAAUAAUAUAAACUGAAUCAACUUGUAAGAAAAAUUACUCGAAUUUCUUCUAUAGAAAAGAACGUGUAUGAUUUAUGUAAAUAGUAUUUGCUUGUGUGUAUAUAAGACAUACGGCAAGUGUUUAUUGUAUCAUUAUAAUCUUCAUAAUUGUACCAUCGCUAUUCCAGUUACACAAAUGUAUAAUACAGUGGCCUUGCAGUGUUUGGUUUUGUAAUUUUCGCAAUCUUUUCUUACUCAUUUUUUUUUCCUCUGUUUUGUUGUAUAUGUGCAUGUGCACGCACACGCGCACAUUAUGAUCAGAAUUUUGUAUAAUAUACCAUACUCUUAGAAUUUACUAAAUGACUUUUGUUUAAUUACACAUAAUAAUUUAUACACAUUUCUUGAAAUCAAUGGUAAACGGCUAAGUUAUACAGUGUACAAAUCAUACCGUUUCUUCCCUGCACUCGGAUAUAUCAGUGUACGUUUACGCGUUAUCUCUCUUUUCUUAAACAGUGUGUACGGAUUCGCGUGUCCAAAGGGUCUCGUCUUCUUCACGCGAUCAGUACAACUUGUCGAGCGUGUUCAAUUAUCCGCCGAUCGAAUCGAUUCGAUCAGCACGGAUCCGCGAAAACGUUUUCUUUCGUUUUUCCCCAUCAUAUUCAGACAAUCAUCACAGAACGAGAAUGAAAUAUUUUUCCUUUUUUUUAUCUUUUGUAGUCUAAAAACACAUCGACAGUCGUACGUAGUCAUUCUCUCUCCGCGACACACGUUCGGCUCACAUAUACGCGUAGUCAUUCAAUCGCAUUAACUCGGUGAAUUAUAUUUAUAUAUAAUAUAUAUAAUAUAUAUAACAUAUAUAUAAUAUAUAUAUUUAUUUAUGUAUUUAUAUGUAUAUCAGUUUAUCAUGUACACUACACGUCCACCCCACGAUUCUCGCUUAAAUAGCCUCGGCAACUGAAACGAUCUCGGGCGAUCAAUAUCCCCUCGCCUAUUUAUUCGUAUGGUAACCGUAUCAUUUCAUUUGAUUGCAUCGUACGCAACGUGUUCGACUUUGUAUCUUUUAUUGUGCAGUUUUGUUCAUGAAUAUUCGUUAGUCUAGAUCUUAGAACACAAGAGAAAUCGUCACGCCGUUAACGACGGGAGAUCAUGGGGUGGACAACAUUAAUUUCAUUUCCUAACGAAUUUCUCGUGUAAUCAUUUUUUCAUUUACAUCACGCGUGUAUAGUUUCCCGUUUCUCUUUUGUUCGACGUGUUUAAUUCGUAUAAUCAGCGCUUAUCGAAUGCGUUUUACUGUUCAACGGUUACUCCUUACUUUCUGCAUUUUGAUGAUUAUUCAUCCUUUAAGUUUUCGCCUAAACAUAUUUCCUAAGAGACACGCAACAACGAAUUCAUUAAGAAUUAUUAGGAGAGAAAACACGGGUUUUCGGGAAAUGGGGUUAGGGGGCAGGAGGGAGGACGUAAUUAUCGACGAGUUUGGUAACUCUUCCACCUUAGUUUCUUUUCUCUCGUCCAUUAUUACGUGAAAGUACACCUAACGCACGAACAGUUUUAAUGAAUGUGAUCCUGUCGUUCUUUUCAUUAUCUAGGAUUUACGAUAAAUUCAUUCCUCCUUUCGAUCGAUUUCCAGUGUCCGUUCAAAUAUCUUUUUCUACCUAUAAAGUGUUCGCCAGUCUCCAAUUCGAAUUGGAUUAUAUCCCCCGUUAAGUAAACCUUCUAUUUAUAUCUAACGAGAUGAGGUUACUACCUGAAUGAGCACUUCUCAGAUGGAAACGGAUUAAAAAUAUGGGAGCUAACGAGCAUACGUAAACUCGAGAAUAUUAAGCCACUAAUGGCCGGCCAUUCGUGUUUGCAAAAAUCGAUUUGUGAAUGAUACGAUUAUCUAAGAUACCCUAGAAUGUGUUUAUACAUAUCGAGUCCUACAUUUUAAGUUCGGUUCCACUCGGGAUAUGCUGAUCUAGAUGGCGAGCUCCCUCCCUAACAUCGAUUUGGAUCCCAGCAAACAGUAUACGAAGAAGACUAGAAAAAAGUUUCGAUUUCGAAUAGUACCUAUGAUCGAUCACCGUGCACGCAUAGAUAGUUUCUCAUAAAAAUUACUACGACAGAUUAACGUGACACGAGUCGAUUUCGCGUGGUUCCACUUUUUCCCUCUAUUCGCCGCUCGAGGCACAAGCAGCUUCCUCCUCUUGUUUAACCUAAAAAGACAACCGCGGUCUUUACGUUGGGAAUAUUGUCCAUGACCCAGCUAUAGAAUUAAAGGUCACGCCGUGCCUCGUUCUAAUCAAUGACAAAUCGACCGGUACGCAACGUAAGAUCCGCUCUCGCGUUUCUAAAUUUCCUAAUAAAGCAAACAUUCUCGAGUACCAACGAAGUACGAAGAACCAACAAAACGGUCGAGAGAAAACUGUACAGAACAGCACGAUCCACAAUCGUGAAACGUCCAUAACCACGAUAACACAAACGAUCGCGAAUGUUACAGAUUGAAAAUACUAAUCGUGUAUGUUUUUUAUUGCCUGUUCGCGACUCGAGAGUGACAAGGACACGAUGCUAAGGGCUAGUCUUUAAGAAAAUUGCUUUCUCUCUUUUGGCGUUGCAUUUCGCGAUACUUGGGCACAAUUGUCGCCAAAGGAAAUAUUCUGAACAAUUAUGACCGUUUUAAGGCAACGAAAACGAUGAAAUUCACAAUUUCUGAUCGAUCGAUACGAAUCCGUAGCUCGUGCUCGAGUCGUCCGAAAGAGAUAAGAAUUGCGCGGGAAGUGCAUUGAUAUUUAUUAAAGCGAACUGGUUGACUCUUUGUACGUCCGCGCGUGCGUCAUUGAUUUAACGAUUCUAUUGGUUCUCGGGCCAAUGUAAUAAGAUAUACUUUGUUCGUAAAUAACGUUAAAAAAUUCUUCCCUCGCAAAUUAUUGCAUCAACUACACGCCAUCGCGCGUGACCACGAUCCGGGCUCUGACGAACUCGCACCGUAGAAACGAAAAACCUUUCAUUUUUUUCGUUCGUUAACGCAGAAAAUAGACGUUUCAUAUAUUUUUUUUUGUUUUCAACAUAAAUGACUACGUUUACGAAAGACGAACACUUUUCUAUUAUUUAAAAGACAACCACAGUUGAAAUACAAAUGUUACAAUGUUCACGUUGGUUCACAUCUGCACUGAUCGUGGUCGUUUAAAUAAAUACAUGUAUAUAUAUGGAUAUGUGUAUGUACAUACGCAUAAAUACACACACACAUAUAUAUAAACAUAUAGUAUAUAUGUGGCUAGAUCAUAAUAUUAUUAGAUGUAUCUAAUUUUCCCCGAACGUAGCUUUUUAACAAUGAUUGCAGCAGUAAUCGCUAAUCACAAUGACAAUGAUGAUAUUAAUAAUAACGACAAUAAUGACGAUGACGAUGAGGCGAUGAUGAUGAUGAUGAUGAUGAUGAUGAUGAUGAUGAUGAUGAUGAUGAUGAUGAUGAUGAUGAUGAUAAUGACGAUGACGAUGACAAUGACGAUGACAAUGACGAUGACGACGAUGAUAAUAAUAAUAUAACUACAUCAUCCGCUUCAAUAAAAUCUGACUGUGUAAAGACAAUUUUUUAUCGAAUAACAGUGUAACGAUAAGACGAUCACAAUAAAUGACUCUGUAUUCUUAACAUAAACGCGAACAUAGCGCAAAACGCGUAUUUGUUUAUCUACUUCGCAGACGUUCUCUGGCUUCGUCAGAAAAACGCGUAACGAAUCGAAAUUUAUAAAAUUCCCGAAAUGUGUACGAUUCACUUAUUCCGUAGGCUAGAUAAUCGUCGCUCAGCGAUUUAUAAAUUUGUUUUUCUUUACUCUUAUCCGCGAACCAACCGAGCAGGUUCGAUGUAAAUUAAUUCUCGUUCAAUUUGGACGUUGCUUAGUUUGCAAAUCUUCAUCGACAAUUAUCGCCAGCGACGUUUGCGUCAACGCACGGGAUCUCGCGUUAUUGUUGUUUCGUUACGCCGAUUCCAACCACACCCAGUCGUCUACUUUGACUUUCGCUUAUAUUUUUUUUAUCUUUUUUCUUUCCUUUUUUUUUGGUUACUUUUAAUCAUUUUUUUCUUAAGGCAAUGCUCUCAGCAACGUGGUCCACAAAGAGUAUCGCGAAACGCGACGGAACGGCGAGCUUCGUGGACGACGAUGCUGCACCGUGCUCUCAUCGACGAUUUUUCUUUUUCCAUUCGUGCAACGAGAUCGUAAUCGCAGAGAACGGAAAGUAAAAAGAGAACGAUAUAUCUAUCAUCUAAAAUUACGACUGGGCCCGCUCGAAUCUCUCGCAAGCGUCGAGGAGAACGAAAAUUUUCAUUUAUAAUUUCAACGUGGCUACGGCCGAGACAACUUUCGAGAGGUUAUAUUAAAUGCAAAACUUGCUUCGGCGUCGUGUGUUCGCGCGAUCGAUUAAAAACCGACGCGAUGAAAAAAUAUUAAGAAUACUGAUCGGGCUUGUACGUUUCAAAUUGCUAUGUGAAUCGAUCAACACCAUGAGCACAGCGACGUUUAAGCAUUCUGCUAGAGUGUUUUUUUUUUUUAAUAAAAUUUCUCUCUGUUCUUUCGUAGAACAGAAAGCUUGAAAUUUCAACAAACAAAAUGGCGGAGAAUUCAGAUCGAUAUCGAGACUAAUAUUCGUACGAUAUACUCGUGACACUAAUACGAAUGGUAUCGUAACUGUGCUCAAAGUAUUAAUAUUCUUUAUACAAAUAGGUGUCCGAUCGUACGGCGUACAUACGAUUUUAUUCGAUCGCGAGACGCACGCGUAAUUUUGUAAUCAGCUUCGUCAAAGUAUCGAUACGUCAUUGCUUUGUGUCCAUACGAACCUGCCGUUAUUGUAUUUACAAAUAAUAAUAAUAAUAAUAAUAGUAAUAAUAAUAAUAAUUACUUGCACCGCUUAGUUUUUACAUGUACAUAUUCACAUGCCUGGUACAUUGUACGUACAAUAAAAGAAAAAAAAAACUUGUGCGAUCCGGCGUAUGUAUACAAUAUGUAUAUGUAUAUCGGUAAUAAUCGUGGCCACGUAAAUUGUUUAUUAAUUCGGUAUCCGUUUUGUUUCGCUUGCGUACGCGCACACAACAGUCGAUUAAUAAUUACAUUUACGAAUUUCGUUCACAUUCAACAAGUAAAAUACCAAGUACCGUUUUCAUUCGUGUGUUUCUGUUCGUAUGUGUAUGUGUGUUAUUGCAUUGCGGCUGGUCGAAAAACGGACAAUCGAGUUUUACGUGACUUUGACCAUUUUACGCGCAGCUUUUUUUUUUUUUUCAACGGGUUAAAUCCAACCGUAUAUUUUUUUUUUCUUGUUUUUUCCUUUCGGUUGUCCGACGCCGCUGGAUAAAGCAGUCGAAAUUAGGACGAACGCGUUUGUCUAUAUAUAUGUAUAUAUAUUUAUAAAA